UUCCGAAGCUCUGUUGCGGUUUGGUGUGUCUUUUAUUUUUACGUAGAACUCAUAUCGAUCCGAUAUGCCGCGUCCGAGAAUGGAUUUUGCGACUAAUAAGUGGCGAGGCACCACGCGAGCAAGAAUGAACAGCCCUGGAAGUUAUGGGCACUGCUCAAUUGGCUCAUUCCUCGGUGCUUCUCGAAGGUGCUGCCACGGACUUUGGCUCGUGGGGGUGCCGUCGCUACUGACAAAGCCUGUGCUCCCCGUCGUCCCUGUUGAAAUGGUGGCUGGAACUUGGAGAGGGUUUGCUGCCACAGCCGGGAGUUGCAGGCUUAUCAUGGGCGACACAGUGCUUUGCUCGCACCUUCAUGGAGUACAGCAAUGUGGGGAAGCAAGUCGAGGAUAG